CAGCUCUCCGGGAAUUGUAGGGGGCGGUAGGCGCUGGCGGCGCGUGAUCCUGGGGCCUCUCCGCUGCGCGCGACCAAGGCACUGAUGUUUGAACGGGAAGCCCCAACAUUUAAAAGAAUCUUCCAAGUGGCUUUGAAUCAGACAAGCCGGAGAUCGCUUCGGAACACUGCCUUGGGCAUGCAUCUCCCCCAUUGGGCUUUCCUGGCCAGGAGCUCUUUGAAAAGUCCCUUCUGCAGGGAGCCAGAACGCUGAUCCUCAUGAAACCAGCUUAGUGGAUUUGACUUUUCUGGUAGAUUCCUUCUUGCCUUAUUAUAUUCUCUCCCAGGGUUUGAAGAGGCGUGGGGAUAUUCGUGGCACCAGAGGGCCUGCAGGGAAGGAAGUAGCACUUUCAUGCCGAAUGAAAACCAAGCAGGUGACAGUGGUGGCUGAAAACGCUUAAAUCUGUCACGUCUGGAUUUACUGGGUCAGGCGCACAGAGGAACGGCGGCUGCGGGGGUGCAAGAAGGGACACUGGACAAGAGAACCCAAAUAAGUAGAAUGAGGGCGACGGGCAAGUAAAUGGCCACUUCGACCUUGACGGAGCCGACGCCAGCCUCCUGACCCUGCUGGACCAGCAGGAGUUGCUCUGUGGACAGAUUGCCGGCGUGGUGCGCUGUGUUUCCGACAUCUCUGGCUCGGCUCCUACCCUCAUUCGUCUGCGGAAACUGAAGUUCGCCGUAGAGGUUGACGGGGAGCACCUUUGGAGCCGCUGAUCCAGCUCGGGGCACGAGAACGCCGGUGAGGAAGCAGUCGGAGUCCUGUCUGCCAUUUAUUACAGAACCCUGUGAAACACCUGGUGUGCGAAUAACAGUCCUAAUGGUAUAAGGGUCAGAAAAGAGGCGUGCGUUGGUCAGCGUGAUCUGAAUGGGCACCAUGCAGGUGCUGGGGUCUGUGGUGGGCACGGAAGGGAUGGGUGAGCUCUGGACGAACAGAAGGAAGGAAGACAUUCCAGGUUGGGCAACUCGAGUAGAUAUGAAGAUCACUUAUUCUCUUGGAGACCAGCUAGGACGCUGUAGGCACGGUGUCUACCCAUCCAUCCCAGUGAGUCAGUGAAUCCUAGCCCUGGCUAGAAUUCUAGACUCUAGGUUUGGACCCAGAGCCAAGAAGAGGCCUGUCGUCUGGUUUCCCUCUUCCCAGGUGCUGGGCUGUGCUGCAGAGCUCCCCGACAUUAGCUGCAGACACUUUCUGGACCAGCUGAUUGGAGUCUUUCAUUUUUACAAUGGGCCUGUGUCGCUGGCUUACCAGAGCUGUUCUCGGGAGCACCUGCACGCCAUGUGGGACAGCUUCAUCGCUCAGAUCCUGAAGAACACCAGCGACCUGCACAAGAUCUUCAAUUCCCUCUGGAACCUGGACCGCACUAAGGUGGAGCCCCUGCUGUUGCUGAAGGCAGCCCUCAUUCUGCAGACCUGCCAGCGCUCGCCUCAUGUUCUGGCCGGCUGUAUCCUCUACAAGGGACUGAUCGUUAGCACCCAGCUCCUGCCCUCCCUCACGGCCAAGGUGCUGAUCCGUCCAGCUGCACCUCAGGACCAGAGACCACCUGCAGGAGGGGGUGCCUUGCAGGAACGAGGAGCGGCGCUCCCCCCAAACAUCCAGCUCAGGCCUGUGUUCCUGACUGAAGAGGAAGCCGCCAGUCUCCACGAGUUCCCAACGGAGCAGGCCGUGAGCUCUGCUGCCCCACUGGCCGGACCCCAGGAAUGCUCAGGCCAGCGCCCUCCACGCCAUUGGAGCACAUCUGCCGUCACAGAAAACGCCACCGGCUGCCUGGAGUCUGCAGCCUGGACGUUGGCAACCACGCCUGAGCCUUCGGGUCCUGACGCAGCCGGAGCAGAUGGCAAGGGGGAGAAGGAGUGCUUGCCUGUCCGUGCCCUGGGGCAUGUCAAGCCUGUGAGACAGCACAGCCCAGCCCUGGACAGGGGUCCUGGUGUCUGCCACUCCCCAGCCAGGGAACCUCGUCCACCCUAUUGGGAGGAGGAAACGGACUUGUCUGAAAUCCACAUUCCAGAAGCUCAGGAUGCAGGGUGGUGCCCGGGUUCCUUCACCCGCCCGAGCACAUGUGCCCCAGAUGGUGGCAGUCCUUGCCCGGAGGACGGUGUCAGUGGCUCCUGCCGCCUGGAGCCCAAGCCACCUGGUGCCCUGCCCGCGGGCACCGGCCUCGGCAGCCUCCCCUCUCUGUCCACUCUGGAGACGCUCCCUGGGAAUGGAGACCUGGAGCGGCACAGUCGCCCUCCGGGGCACAGCAACCCAGCCCCCACGCCCUGGGAAGACCGCCUCCCCAGAAGGACGAGCAGGUUGCAGUCUUGGCCUCGAGUAGACUCGAGGUGUAGCGGAGCCACGCUGCCCGGGGGCGAACAGGGCGUGGAGCAGCACGCUGGGGUUCAUCACAGCCGCUCAGCACCCGCCAGCUCGGACUCAGCAGGGUCUCAGGACGACAGCAUCUCUGCAGACAGAGGUGGCCCAAGGCCAGCCCCGAUAUCCCGCGAGGGGCUUGUGCCCAUGACCCUCUACACCCACAGUGUCAACGGGCUGGUGCUGUCCCUGCUGGCUGAAGAGGAGCUGUUGGGUGAUGACACAGCCAUCCAGGAGGUGCACCACAGCAGCCUGGCGUCCCUGAACGGGCUGGAGGUCCACCUGAAGGAGACGCUGCCCAAAGACGCCGCCGCCCUCCCCAGCCGGACGUACAACUUCACGCACUAUGACCGCGUCCAGCACGUGCUGACCAUGAACUUGCCACAGGUGGCUGCCGCCCAGGACCGCCGCUUCCUCCGGGCGGUCGGCCUCAUGCACUCGGACUUUGCCCGGCUGCCCGCGCUCUAUGAGAUGACCGUCAGAAACGCCUCCACAGCUGUGUAUGCCUGCUGCAGCCCUGUCCAGGAAACCUAUUUCCAGCAGCUGGCGGCGGCGGCGCGGAGCUCCGGCUUCCCGAGUCCGCAGGACGGCGCCUUCAGCCUCCCGGGCAAAGCCAAGCAGAAGCUGCUGAAGCAUGGGGUGAACCUGCUUUGAACCUGGCUGCAACGGGAAGUUCAUUACCCCAGGAGAGCAUGAGCAAGUCAAAAGGCAGCAAAGGAAGCUCUGCCUUCUUAAAAGUGUUGUAGUUUUCUUGGCAUAGUCCCCUUGAUAGGAACAUAAUGAUAUAUGAGUGUGUGUCACUUCUUUUGUGGAUUGGGGCCGGCUCAGACUGCGUGUCAGAGGGCUUGAUUACACCUGCAGGUUGGAGCCAGACCGGGUGCCUUGGCUCCUCCUACCAAAGAGGGGCAGGGCCAGGUUGUUGCCCUGCCUCAUGGAGUAUGAGGCACCCAGCAUUUCUCGCUGCUAUCCCAUCAGGGCCUAACCAGUACCACGAACAUUUUCUCUAGAACUCUAUUGUCCUGAGUGCAGGGGGCAGUGUGAGGCAGGGGUGCCAGGGGUGGGAUUUGUCAGCAAGCUGACCUGAAGCCCCACACCUCAGGUAGGUGUCCCGAGAGGUCAGGACACUAAGCGCAGGGAGGCAGGCAGGAUGCCGACGCCACCUUGUUUGCAUCCUUCUAGAACUAUAUUCAGAGCCAGGACUUCUGUUCUGUUCUUUGGAAUGCCCACAGUGGGGGCAAAUCACGAUAACGUAGAAGGGAGCCCAGGCUCUGAGGUAACUGUGAGCCCCAGGGUGUGAGACCUGGGGACCGGGUGACAGCAUGCCGGGCUGUGCACUUCUCAGGUGAUGGUCCUCAAACAGGGGUUCCCAAAACGGGGCAGAAGCAAAGCUGUGCUUCCCAGCGGUGGCCGUGUGCCUGGGCCCGUGUUCCAGGCAGGAGGUUUACGAUAAUGUGGUGCAGAUCCCAGGAGGAUGUAUCUCCCAGGGUCUGAACUGUCGUACCUGUGAUUUCCAUGCGGAAACUGUAGUGUUAAUAGUUUCGUGUUGGUAAACAAGUGCCUAAUGUUUGUGACGGUGUCUUUUUCAUGAAAUGAGUUGCUGAGGGCUACAAAUAAAACAGCCAGAAAUGCCAUUGA